GGUAUCAUUUUGAGACAAUGAGUCUUGGAUGGUGGAGACUUGUUUACGCUGCCUUUGCUGGAUUUCUCCUCUUUCAUGGCUUUUCUACCUCUGAAAACGCCCCAAACUACUCCUUCAUGCACAAUGCAACAUCAGCACCAUUCUUGUCUUAUUACGACUACAUAGUUGUUGGUGGUGGCACCGCUGGCUGCCCCUUAGCUGCCACAUUAUCUCACCGUGCCAACGUCUUGCUCCUUGAACGAGGUGGCUCCCCUUAUGGUGACCCCAACAUCACUAAAUUGGUUAAUUUCGGUGCUUCCCUCUCCGACCUUUCCCCGUGGUCCCCGUCACAGCGGUUUAUCUCCACGGACGGCGUAAUUAAUUCACGAGCACGCGUCUUGGGCGGCGGAAGCUGUCUGAAUGCGGGGUUUUAUACACGCGCUUCUCCUGAAUAUAUCAGGCAAGCGGGGUGGGAUGGAAGACUAGUGAAUCAAUCAUACGAGUGGGUUGAAAAAUUAGUGGCAUUUGAGCCACAUUUGGGGCAUUGGCAAUCGGCUGUGAGGAACGGUUUGUUAGAGGUUGGGGUGGUGCCAUUCAAUGGGUUCACCUUUGACCAUAUUAAUGGGACCAAAGUUGGUGGGACAAUAUUUGAUGAACAAGGGAAUAGGCACACAGCUGCUGACUUGUUGGAGUAUGCCAACCCUCGAGGUCUCACCGUCCUUUUGUAUGCUACUGUGCAAAAAAUCUUGUUUAGAUUUAGAGGGAGAAGAAGCAGACCAGAGGCAUAUGGUGUGAUUUUCAGAGAUGGAUCAGGGAUUGAACAUAGAGCAUAUCUUAAAUAUGGGUUUAAAAACGAAAUCAUUAUAUCUUCGGGAGCAUUGGGAAGCCCACAGCUGUUGAUGCUGAGUGGAGUAGGACCGGUUGCUCAUCUUAGAUCUCACAAUAUCCCAGUGGUGUUAGACCAACCCUUGGUUGGCCAAGGCAUGUGUGAUAACCCCAUGAACGCCGUUUUUGUCCCGUCUCCUAUUCCGGUUGAGGUUUCACUUAUCGAAGUCGUUGGUAUCACACAUUUUGGGAGCUACAUUGAAGCUGCAAGUGGUGAAACCUUUAGUGCUUCUGUUACUACUACUUCAAGAAACUAUGGCAUGUUCUCACCUAAGAUUGGUCAGCUAUCUACGGUGCCACCUAAACAAAGGACCCCAGAAGCCAUUGCCAGAGCUGUUGAAUACUUGGAUAAUCUUGACCAGGCAGCUUUACAAGGUGGAUUCAUCUUGGAAAAAAUUAUGGGUCCGAUCUCAACAGGCCAUUUGGAGCUCCAAACCCGUAACCCAGACGAUAACCCAUCCGUCACCUUCAAUUAUUUCCAGCAUCCACUAGACUUGCAAAGAUGUGUUCAAGGGAUUCAAACCAUAGGGAAAAUCGUUGAAUCGGAGUCAUUCUCUAAAUUCAGAUAUGAUUACAUGUCUUGGCCAGGACUCGUUAACAUGACAGAACAUUCCCCAAUAAACUUGCUGCCUAGACAUUACAACUCCUCAAUCCCACUUGAAACGUUCUGCAGAGACACUGUGAUGACUAUAUGGCACUAUCAUGGUGGCUGCCAAGUUAGCAGGGUUGUUGACCCCGAUUAUAAGGUACUUGGUGUCGAAGCUCUAAGGGUUAUCGACGGUUCCACUUUCAACUAUUCGCCUGGGACUAAUCCUCAGGCCACUGUCAUGAUGCUUGGAAGGUACAUGGGUGUGAAGAUAUUGAGAGAGAGACUAGGCAAUUAAGAAUCCUCAUGAUUCGUUAUGGUUGAUUUUUAUUUCUUUUGAUCAAGACAUGAUGGAUGGAUGGAUGUUCUUGACUUGUCAUUACGUAUUGAGUGGUCCAGAAUUUGAAGUCUUUUAAGUUAAUACAUUUGUCCAAGAGUUGCAUUAAUGGAUGUUUGACAUUGAAAAAUGUUAUGUUUAUUUUGUUGU